AUUACUUAUCAUAAUGUUUGUAUACAAGAUUAACAAUGUUCGUGUAUAAAUUUGAGACCCAUUUAUAAUAAACAUCAGAAGUAUUCGUAGUAGAAUUGGUGUCGAUCUCACAGUUCGAAUCCACAAUGACGGCUCUAUAUAUCUUCCUUGUUUUGAUGGUAUCCCAAUGUGUAUUCUCUGAAACUGGGAAACUUCAUUUACCUUCCGAGCCAUGUGAAGUAUCCGAUAUUGACUGCGUAAGCAAGGCAACUCAGGCUUUUUUUUAUAACACCAGCGAUGGAAUUCCAGAAUAUGAUAUAAAAAAACUUGAUCCUAUUGUUAUUCCUUCCUUAGAAAAAACUAUUGAAAAACUAAACUUAAACGUUCAUUACAAGAAUGUGAAAGUAACCGGAUUUAAAAAUCAGCAAAUUACACAUUUCGAAUUAGAAAGAGAAACAAAAGCAGUGCAAUUCAAAACUAAGGUUAACUUCACAGCUGAAGGAGAAUUGACUAUUGAAUUGCCUAAGAUAUCGAAAUCCUUCGCAGGAACUAUCACAAUCGACGCUAGUGCCGAAGGUGGAGCAGCUUACUCUUACACUGUGAAGACAGAUGAUAAAGGAGUGGAGCAUUAUGAAGCAGGUCCUGAAACUCUCUCUUGCACAGUACUUGGUGAACCUACAAUCGAACUGAGUUCUGACCUUAAGGCAGCCUUGGAAAAAGAUGCAGACGUUCAGAAGUUAUUGGCAGACUACACUAAGCAUGCUCCAGAGAGUAACAAAGUAACAGUUUGCAAUAUCGUUAAGACAGUGUAUGCUGUAUCUAUACACAACAUCAGAGCCGCUGCAAAGGUACUACCUAAGAGUGCCUACUUCAAGAAUGUUUAAACGUAUAUAAUAUGAAAAAAAUAAGA